CCGAGACGAUCAUGUUCACCUGAGUUUCCAAUUCUUUCUCGCGCGAGAAUGGAGUGUUUCGAGAGAUGGUGGUUAUUGAGUUCGAUGAUGAUUUGGGGGACGUGCUUAUGGAGAAUACAAGCAUGCCCGAUUAAAUGUCAGUGUGACUUGAUUCAUGUGCCUCGGACGAUCAGUUGCUCGGCCCGAGGCUUACUAACUUUUCCCGAGAACAUCAGCGACAUCGUGGAGUACCUGGAUUUAUCAGACAACCAACUAACCAAGUUGCCAGUAGAGUUGAAUCGUUUGACCGAACUGCAACAUUUAAAUUUGACAAGUAACAAAUUGACUUCCCUGCCAGCGAAUCUCCGUGGUCUUGGAAAUUUACGCAAGCUUGAUCUCACUGGCAACAAUAUUGAGUUUGUUUCCGAUCUUAGCGCCAUUCAACAACUUCCUCAUUUGAAGAAACUCUACCUUCAUAGAAAUCCGCUAACCGAGUUGGACGGCUUGAGAAAUGCGGCAUUGCAAUAUCUAUACGCAGAAUUUUGUGAAAUUACAGUGCUGAAAAAUACAUCGCUAUUAGGGCUACCAGAGCUGACGUAUCUGAGUUUGUCGGGUAACCCGUUGAAAGACGUCAAAGAUCCUUACAGUCUGAAACUAAAAGGACUUGAUUUAUCGAAAUGCCGAUUGAAAGUCUUAAGCCAGAAAGCGUUUCAGGGUUUCCCGGAACUUAUUGAUCUGCGCCUCGCCGACAAUCCCACCUUGGUCUACAGUACCAGAUUCGAAACCCUUCGCCAUCCAAAACUACAAAAACUCGAUGUCUCACGUUGCGAUCUCGACCGUCCUGGUCUUCAUGGCUUGCCAUCAUUAACCUACGCGCGUUUAUCGAGCAAUUCGAUUCGCAUACUUCCUGAUCGAAUAUUCCUAAAAAAUCAUGAAUUGACGAAUCUUUACCUCGACUAUAACCAUCUGGAUCGUUUGAACAAAAGCUCGUUUGCCGGACUGUCGCGACUGCAGGUCCUCGACUUAUCGGCAAACGGUCUCAAGGCUAUACCUACUAUUGCCUUUCGAGAUAAUGCAGAAAUGCGAUUUUUAAACUUGUCGGACAAUUACUUAAUGGACUUUCCGAAAUUGUCGUCUUCGGUUGUUAGUCUAGAUCUCUCGGCGAAUUUGAUCGGCAAGGUCGAUGCCAAUUGUUUGACGGGUAUGCCGAGAUUGUAUUAUUUGAAUCUGAGUAAGAAUUUGAUCGAGAUGAUGCCCGACGGGUUGGAUUCCGGUACCCUGAGAAAUUUAGUACUGAGGUACAACAGAAUUUCUACUUUGGAGAAUGUCAGCAUGAGUCUACUUCCAGAACUAGAGAAGCUUGAUCUGUCAGGCAACAAACUUUUCAAAGGCGUCAAUCCGGAAAUCUUCUUCGACAAUCCCAAUCUGAAGCAACUUUAUGUAUCCGAUAAUCCAUGGGUAUGCGACUGCCUGCAGCUAUUUCCAAGCUACGUGUUUCUAACGAGCUUACAAUCUAGGAUAGAAGCGUUGAUAUGCCACAGUCCCAGCGAGGUAAAUGGAUACUCGUGGAAACACGCUUGCUCGGGCGAGUGGAACAACGAGGUUGGGCACAAAGGUGGCAAAAAAACUUGGGGACUCGUGCUGGUCAGCCUAUUGACUAUGAUCGUGUUGUCGGGUACAAUUGUGUCGAUUAGGCACUCGUUGAUGAUGAAGAGACAGGCGAGAAAUCAAAGACUGGAGGCCGAAAGGACCGAGGUUAGAGAGAGAUUAAGACUUUUACACAGGAGGAGUAGGCAGCUUCAAGAUGAGUUUCGUGAACACGCGUCAGAGCCCCGAAUUCAUCCUCUAGAACUGAUCAGUCCUCCAAGCUACGAGGAAGCUGUGACGAUGCACCGGCUGGCGCGUUCUCUUGACCAAUUGGAUUCCGUCACGGAAUCACAUUCGACAGCUGCUCGAAUAACAGCCUCGUCCGAGAGUUUGCGAAGUGGCAAAAAGCGACGAACGAGGCGAGUACGUCGAUUGCGUUCGCAAAGCGAGGACAACUUAUCGAGGAGAGAAACGCGGAGAGAAGAGCGAUUGAGGCGAGCAAGAGAAAUAUCUGCUACUGUUCCCGAGGAAAAUAACGAAGAGAACAACCAAGAGAAUCGCAGAUCAAGGCCGCCUACGCCGAUGGCCACUAGGAAAAAGAUCAAGAGAUUAUCGCAAGCGAAACCUGGAACAUCUACGGAUGACGAAGACUCGGAUGCUGGCAGGAGUGAAGCACCUCCGAGUACCAGGAGAAGCGGAAAAAUUAUCAUUAGGAAUCUUGAUAGAGAACCCAGGAGUGGUUAUAGGCCGUCUACCGAUGGCGAAAGUUGAGAUUUUAUGUUUAGUUUGACUUAAGGACUAAUUGUAGUUGUAAAUACUGCGUGAUCAAAUGUGCUUUGGAAAAGCUAUGCGAAAUCUACUUGGUUCAAUCGAAAUAUUUUCUACGUUUUUUAUUAAAUGUGUUUUUGUAUGAUGUAAUUUAUUAAGUGAUUCAUGUCUACCUGCCUAAAUAUAUAUCUUUG